AUGUUCUCCACAAUCUCGAGGUCAAUCUCCAGGCAUGCAGUGACAAGGGCAAGAACGAUAACAACGACGCCGAGGCGCCAUGCGGACCCAUGGCCUCUUCCGCACACGCCGCAGCACGUUGAAGCGACGAAAACACCGGAAGACGAGGCUAGGAUCCAACCUCUUCCCCGCCCCAACGAGUCCGAGUCAUCACUGCGAGCUCGCCUCGUCUACCAGUCAAGAAAGCGGGGGACUUUGGAGACCGAUCUUCUACUGAGCACCUUUGCGCAAGAGAACCUUGCCAAAAUGUCUGUGCCCGAGUUGAAGGAAUUUGACAAGCUUCUUGACGAGCCGGAUUGGGACAUCUACUAUUGGUGCACUGGGAAGAGGACACCCCCAGAACGUUGGGCAAAAUCAGAAUUGUUGGAGAAACUACGCGUCCAUGCUCAGAACGAGGGCAAGGUUGUUCGCCGAAUGCCAGAUCUGUCAUAAAUACACAAACCGCAAACAGCAGCACCUCAGUACAAUCUCAUCCUUAUAAUCUAAUACAACCUACCCAAUCCUAGUCCAUGUAUUGAUUUCGUGGCUGCCUCAGCCCUGCGCGCUUCGGCUCGUGAAAUCUGGUCGACGUCGUGGUGUGAGAAUGAAAUACCGUUUCCGAA